GCUUCCCCAUUGGAUGACUUUGCUUGCCUUUAAAUGCAAGCCAAAGCAUCCCAAGAUUCUUUGUCUGUUUCGCUGCUUUGAUCCCUGUGGUUUGGACACUUGAAGUGCAAGGCUACUGUUGCCUGGAAAACUUGAUCAUGCUCAAUUUUAACUCGAAAGAGGCUCGUCAGCUCCUACACAACAAGUUUGUGGUCAUCCUAGGUGACUCGAUCCAGCGGUCCGUGUACAAGGAUCUGAUUUGGCUGCUGCAGAGCGACUCCUUGCUCACGUCUUCCCAGAUGAGGGCCAAGGGGGAGCUGUACUUUGAAAACGACCACUUAAUUGAAGGGGGUGUGCUGGAGGAUCUUCACAAUGGAACUCAUUAUCGCGAGGUGCGCCAAUACCGCACCUGCCACCACCUUGUCCGCUUCUACUUCCUCACACGGGUCUACUCGGCGUAUCUGGAGAGCAUCCUGGACGAUUUCAAGACGGGCCUGCAGCCAGACAUCUUGGUCCUCAACUCCUGCGUCUGGGAUGUCUCCAGGUACGGCCCGACUUCCAUGAAGGAAUACCGCACGAACCUGGAGACGGCCUUCAACAGGCUGGACGCCGUGCUCCCCUCCUCCUCCUUGGUCAUCUGGAACAUGACCAUGCCUCUUGGCCCCAAGGUCACCGGGGGCUUCCUUAUACCGGAGCUGCAGCACUUGAACAAGACCCUCCGCAACGACGUGAUCGAGGGCAACUUCUACGGCGCCACCUUGGCUGGCUUCCACCUCUUCAAUGUCCUCGACCUCCACUUCCACUUCCGCUUUGACCUGAGGAACCGAGUCAAGGACGGUGUUCACUGGAACAACGUGGUGCAUCGCAGGAUCACCAAGCUGCUGUUGGCCCACGUGGCAGACGCCUGGGGCGUGGUGAUCCCAGACAGGAAGCGCCAUGGAGGCCCGGUGUGGGAUACGUCAACGGUGGCCUUUGACCUCCUGCCGGCUGUCCCUCUGCCACCCCGACUUGGCACUCCCCAGGCGUUCCCUGGCCAUCAUGACAUCCGCAGGCUGCCUUACAUUGAUCCUCCCCAGUUCUACGAUGAUUCCCCCUUUGUUCCCAACGCCCGGGGGUUGGCUGAGCCCUUCUCUGGUUUCAGCAGCUUUGAGGACUCCCACUUCCCACCGAUCCACCUGGAUGCUGUGGCACUCAACAACUUCUGUCGUUUCGAGAGCGCCUCUCUGCCGUACCGGAGUCUCAUCUCGGCUUACCCAUCCCACAAUGAAGAAAACAUCCCCCCACGCUCCAGGCACCACCGCCGAAAAACUCGCCUCAUCGGGCACCACGACUACAUCAUGCGCCGACCGUCCUACUGCUUGAGAGACAACAGCCCAUACAGAAGGCCCCAUCCCGUCCCCUGUCAGCGCUACUGAAGACUGCAUGGAGUAGGGAAAGGAGUUGUAACGGGAGGAGGAGAAAAGCUGCGACGGACUAUGCCAUGUGGGUUCUCUCUCUCUCGUCCAUGCCGCUCGUUCCUAGACUGACUUGGUCUGUGCGUGGCCAGGAGAGGCCCCUUCUAGGGCUUAAUUUCUAUCAUGUCUGUGGCCAGGAGGUUUGGUUAUGGUAAGGGUGCUUUUAUGUGGCAACAGGAAGACCUCUUUUGAGGCGUGGGAGGUCAGAGGAUAUGUGCGACUUUCUGCUGUUGCCAAGACCUUGGCUAGUUUGCAUGUUUAUAGCUCUAAGUCCACCUCUGGCACUCUUGCCCAGGAAAUGAGAGGCUCCUGGUCCAUUUGGAACUGUGCUAGCCCCAAAUAUCCUGGCUUUAUGAUGGGCUGCUACCUAUUCCUGCCACAGAUGCGGCCAGCUGGGAUGUUUGGAUUUGGGGCUCAUUGCCUGCCUCCCUGCCCCCUCCCUUUAACAUUUUAGUCCUGGAAGAAAGGAGGGGAUCCUGCACUCAAGCCCCAUAGCCUCCCUUGGAGCAUUGUGCAGGGCAGCAGGUGGGCAACUUUUACUCAGGGCAGUUCUUGUGCCACAAAUGUUGACCAUUUGAAUGUCUGUUUGUUUCUUAAUGGUGGUUUACCCGUGUCUUAACCCUUCCAGUUGAAAAGACACUGCAGUCCAUGGUGCUUAGAGUAUCCAUUUAAUAGAGACGCUCACGAAUGCUGUGGGAAAGUGUUCUUGAACAUUCUGGUCACUUAUCUUUUGUCUGUUUUUUUUUUUAAAUUAAAACCUAUGCUCUUUUCUCUUUA